GUGAAAAGACGUAGUUAAUUACUUCUCUGUGUGUGUGUGCCAGUGUGUGUGUGGGGCACCAUAAUUUCUUAAGAAGAUACUUCACCCUUCAUCCACAAUACGCAAACUUUCGAGAUUCCUCUGGUGCAACCCAGAUAGAAUCGUCUUUUCUUUCUGGCUAUUUCAAGCUCUUUUCACUUCAAUUAUUUGGGGAACACAGAGCAAAAAGUCGAGAAUUUUGUGAGGUUUAUUGUUAAUUGAAGUGAGUUGGGGUUGUUGAUUUUAGGGUUUUAAGGAAGAUUUGGUUUCGUUUGAUGGGAAUUGGGUAAGGUGGGAGAUGAGGAAGUCUUUUAAAGAUUCUUUUAAAGCACUUGAAGCCGAUAUACAACAUGCCAAUACUCUGGCAUCAGAUUAUCCAAGGGAGUAUGAUGGUGGAUGCCUUCAGAUGAGAUUAUCAUACAGUCCAUGUGCUCAGUUCUUUCUGUUUUUUGUUCAGUGGAGCGAUUGUCACCUUGCUGGCGCCCUUGGUUUACUCAGAAUCCUUAUUUACAAGGCAUAUGAGGAUGGAAAGACGAGCAUGUAUAUUCAUGAACAUAAAGCCACUAUAAGAGAAUUCUAUGGUGUUAUAUUUCCAUCUUUAUUGCAACUUCAAAGGGGAAUAAGUGAUAUUGAAGAUAGAAAACAAAAGGAGCUUUGUGCAUCAAAGUAUCAAAGAAAGGAUGAGAUGAACAAAGGUAAACUAUCAGAAAUUGAUAUGGAGCGAGAGGAAGAAUGCGGGAUUUGUUUAGAGUUGAACACCAAAGUUGUCUUGCCGGAUUGCAAUCAUUCCUUGUGUAUGAAGUGCUACACAAAUUGGCGUGCUCGAUCUCAAUCAUGUCCAUUUUGCCGUGAUAAUUUGAAACGAGUCAACUCGGGUGACCUAUGGAUCUACACUUGUCGUUAUGAAGUCAUUGAGUUAUCAGCUAUUGCAAGGGAGAAUUUGAGGAGACUUGUUAUGUACAUCCAAAAGCUACCUCUUAUUGUUGUGGAUCCUGUCAAUAUUUCUUAUGACCCUCGCUUCCGAUGAAGGCGUUGCAGUGUUGUUGUGGGCAUCAUCCAUUUGUACAUAUAAUUGUUGUUUGAUUUGGACUUGCAUUGUUUUGGAUUUGUUGAAAGAUAGGAUUGGUUUGUAUAUAUUUGUAAACAGUUGAACAUACUUGGUUGGAUAUAUGUUGUAACCUGAAAAUUGUAAAAAGAUUAAAACUAAUUUG